CAGCGUGCGCAUGGGGAUUCAACUAUGAAUGCUGCGAUGUGUGUCCACCCACAGUCUCAUGCAACGAUGUACUUGGCCGUUGCGCUUCCGCCGGUCAUGACCACCAUGACCAUCACGGCACCAAGAGAAGAUGCACUCUCUCUGUCACAUUGACAGGCACACGGCCAGGCAGGCAGGCAGGCAGGCAGGCCACAGUUGUCCUCCAUCGAUCUGUCGGAGCCACAAACACCUCCGAUGGAUGCGUCCCACCCACCACAGGAGUGCCGCUGCUCUGAUUGACCAGCGAGGGCGGCACUUGAGAUGGCAAAAACACCCGCACCCACACACAGACACACACAGACACACACACACUGAGGCAUUCAGACAGGCACCGCAGGCAACGACAGACAGACAGACGGAGAGGCAUUUCUUCUCAGGAGGAGAAAGAAGUCAGCCGGAAAAACGCAUAAAACCGAUCACUACGGGGAGAGGACGGCUGGGAGGCAUGCCGAUCGAACGAGGGGCGGCGAGUGACAAAAACGACAUCCGUUCAUCGCGCUCACGCACACACAUCGAUGGUUUAAACUACAAAACCGAGGCAUCGCAGCGAUCGAAAACUGCAGCAUGCACUGCACGCGACACGCGACACAGGUAGGUACGUCGACGCUCCGUAGAAAAACCUAUCUCUCUCAUCUGUCUGCAACCUUCUGCUGCAGGUGUGGCUUUGGUUUGGUUUGUGUCGGCUCAUGAUCGCUUGAUGGGCUUGACCAUGAGGCCUCUGGGCUUGUAGCUGCACACACAGACACGACAGACACGAGGAAGGACACACACAACACAACACGCAGGAAUGAAGGGCACAUUGUGUGAGUGAGUCGCUCACGUGAUUGAGUAGAAAAACUCCGGCUCGGUCGUGAUCUCGAACUCGUAGCGCUUGAACAGCGCCGCGAUUGUCAUGCGGACCUGAAGAGCCACAGAGAAGAAGACCACACACCACACCGCUUCCAUUUCAUUCUGUGUGUGUGUGCAGCGGUUGCCCCCUGCUGUGCUGGGUUACCUCAAUCAGCGCCAGGUGUUGGGCAAUGCUGCACGCAUUGCACGAACAAGUGGACGAGAGAGAGAGAGAUGUGGUGUGUAAGGUCGUCGCCUGAUCUCACCAAGAUCUUGGAGCGAUGCUGAAGGGCUGGAAGAGUUUGUUGUAGACCUUGAGCUGCUCCUCGGAGGCCUCCAGCCAUCGCUCUGGACGAAACACCUUGCCAUCGCCCCAACUACGGCCACCACACACACACACGGCAGGAAGGGGUCGCAGUGGACAAAGCACUUGUUUCCUUGAUGCGUGUGUCUGCUCGGUCGCUAGCAUAGGAUACAUUCGGUCGUCUCUGAGUCGGGCGAACAACGGCACGAGCAUCUGGUAGCCGCCCGGGAUCCAGUAGCCCACGCCGCGAGAGGUGACCUUGAAGCCGCUCUCUGUCUGCCGUCGGGUGCCGUUGCUCACGGCGGGAGAGCUGCACACACACACACACAGACACACAUACACAGAAAGAGAGAGAGAGAGUAGGGGUGGAUGGAUCUCGGUGUGUCUUGUGGUUGGUUGGUCACUGACAUGCGCAUGAUUUCUUUGACACAGGCGUUGAAGUAGGGCAGCUGGGCCAGCUCGUCGUAGGAGGGAAGCUCCUCCGCGAACUUGGCCGCAUCCAGCUCCUGCACUCAACACACAACGAAGGAGCGCAUCGAGGCCUGCAUCUCAUUUGCUUGUGGGGGUCGCUCUGUCUGUCUGCCGCGCGUGUGUGUAUAUUUGUAUGUGUGUGUUUUGACCUACCUGUUGGAGCUUCUUGAGCACACGGGGAUUGCUGGACAAGUGAUAGACAGCCCAUGAAAUGGUAUAGCCAGUCGUGUCAUGGCUUUUCCGAUGGAUGGAUGGACAGAUGGACAGACACAACGCACACACCACGGCACCAUGGUGGAUGCAUUCAUUUGAGUGCAUGUGUGUGUGUGUGUGUGUGCGUGUGUGUGGUGCCCACCCACCCACCCGGCCCAGAGGAGGUUGUAGAUAUCGCACAGCUUCUCGAACUCAGAUUGGUAGCCAGGAUUGUUGUGGAUGUACGACAUGAUCGACGUGGCCUGCGCACAUAACACACCACACCGACGACACACAUCCAUCCACCCGCUGCGUGUGAUUGGCAGCGCAGCGCAGCGCAGCGCUAAACCUCACUACUCACUGACGUCUUGUUUGUCUGCUGGUGUGUCGAGAAACUGGCGGUAGAUCUUGCGGCACACGUCACGGAACAGGCGGAUGGACUGGUAAUACUCGCGGACUUGGUCCUUCCAGACCAUGUAAGGACUGCACACACACACACACACACACAGAGGAAGGACGCAUGCAAACACACACACACACACACAGUGGGUGGGUGGGUGGGUGGGUGAGGUGCGGUUGGCGCACCGAAAUGGGUUUAUGGCCGAGUAACGGGUCUCACGGAAUAUCACAUCAAUGGCGCGCAGGAGGGCCUUGGCCUCGCCGUUGCGCUCGUCGUCAAACGCGUGAAACUUGUAACUGACACACACACACACACACACACAGACCAUCGACACAUGACCCGAGCCAAUGUGUGUGUGUUGAUCGAGGCUGUGCGUGUGUGGGUGUGGUGUGUCGUGUGUGGGUAUGUACUUGUAUGCCACCUCCCCGAUCAUGUCGAUGGUGUAGCGCAGCCCCCACUCGGGCAUGUUGACGAUCGUCCCUUUGUCGGCAGCGUCGUCGAGGGCCUUGACGAAGCUCCCCAGCACUCGGUGGUAGAUAGGCGUCUUGGCCACCAAGGUCUUGUUCCUGAACGAGCCAAUCAACAUACCAAACAGGCAGGCAGGCACAUGCAAAGAAUGCAGCCAGCCCAUUAUGCGUUCCCAUCUGUGUCUGUCUGUCUGUGUAUCAGACAGUCAGUGUGGCCACAUGCAUGCCGUGCGUACGAGAAGGCAGGGGCGAGGGCCUUUCUGAUGGCGUGCCACCCCUCUCCGCUGGUCUUGCGCGAAAUGAUGCUCCGCGUGCGCGUCAUCUGGCCUUCCCCGAACAGGUCGAACAUCUGGUACAUGUGGGAUUUCUCGAGGCCAUCGGGUCCUAACAGUGUGUCCCAGCAGGACGUGUCGGUGCAGAUAUACAUGCGCUUGCCGACGGGCAGCUGCACAUAGAAGACGUCGCUGCCGAGCUCGUCACGCCACUUCUCGUGCCUGACACACACACACACACGCCAUGCAUACGGUCAGUCAGUUGCCUGUGUGCACAGGUGUGAUGAUGUUGGCAUCCAUGCUGUCUGACUACUUACAGGUGCGGGUCUUUCCCCGAGCGCAGCGCAUCAAAUGCCUCCAUCGGUGUGAGCUUCACACAAGGCACCUCGCGCAGCUUGGCCUUCUCCUCUGGCGUGACCUGGCGCAGGGCGUCCGGCCGGCCACCUUGCUUGCCCUCGACACUCGAUGAUGCAUUGGCGGCCUUCUUGCGCUGCAGGCGGAGCACCUCCUCGAGGCCGAUAAGGCAGACGACGCCGGCGGUGGCGCCAGCGAGGAGGGGCAGCAGGGACGAUGGCUGCUCGAGAUCUGCUGUCACCGGCAUGGGGAUUCGCUGCAGAUCCAGGGGGGAAAGGAUCGGGUGAAAGGGGAUAGUUGACUGUCGAGAAUUCGGGAAAAGUAAUGCGUCACUCCAUAUUGUUUGCAGGAAGACACAUGAACCACAGACGCAGCUCCAGGCCAAAAUCUCCCACUACGUCUUACUUGGCGUACUCAAGAACGGACUUAAUUGACGCUUCCGUCUUCUCCUAGCUCUCGUGGUCGGCGACUCGCCUCCCAGCGUCAUGAACACAUCCGAUUCACCCCCAAACACACCCUGUCGACGCUUACAGUGGCUGCUGCCACCCUGAGGCCCAGCUCCUGAUGUCUGCACACUAGUCACCGGCACAGAGACGUGCUCCGGUGUCUGUGCUGUUGUUAUCGCUCGAGAGAACGGGGGCGGGAGGAAGAGGUGGGCCAGCAGGUGUUCAUCGGCAGGAAGCAGGUCGUGAAGGACGCCUGUCUGCGGACGGAGCAGGAAGGGCCGGAGCGGGGGAAUGGGAGAUAAACGAUCCAUCGAGCCGCUCGCCUGUCCCUGCAGACACAGAGACAUAGAGACACAGACAGAAGGUAGAAGGCCCACUUCACAUUUCUACGUACCUUAAUGCUGCAGAUCGACUUAAGCGCAGAUUGUUCCUUGACCAGCACAGAUAUUUCAUCCCACCUCUCGUGCAGCGCGUCCAUAUCCAAUGUAUCAAGACAAGGAGCCGCCGUCUCCUCCUUGUCUCUCCCCACGAGCCGCCGCCAAGCGCCCUGCUCUCGCUCUCGGUCUCGUCCCGCCUCUGUCACUCUGCUGACAGGCGUGUCUCUGUGCGGCGAGAAGUACUCUGCCAGGCAAGGUUCAGGGGAGGGGCUCCGACUCGAUCGCAGAGAGGAGAGCGAGAGGGGAGGGGGCGACGGGCACGGCGAGGGGGAUCGGCUGAUGUGCUGCUGAUGCUGGUGAUGGGAAAGGACCUCGAGGCGAGCCUUAAUGUAGGUUAGCAGCCACACCGACUUGGCGAAUGAGGAGCAGAUGGCGUGUUCUGAUGACCUGUAAGGUAUGUGACAGACAGAGAGACAGAGAGGGAGGAUACACGUCCGUGCAGCUGUCGGGUGGUCUGUCCACUCACGACUUACAUACGUGUAGUAGGUGAGAUAUGCAAAGACGAGACGAAAGAGGCUCUCCACAAACGCCGCCAGCCCCCAAAGCUUCACCAGCCGCUCGCUCUCCUUCUCGCUUCGCGUCUCCUUGCUCGCCACAGUGGUCCUCCGCCGUCUCGCCCUCCCGCCCUCAUCGGUUGUGCUGGCCCUCCUCGGCCCAGCCGCUGUGUGUGAACUCUUCCGCCGUGUGUCCGUCUCAGUGGCCUGCGGCUGUGCAUAUGUAGUUGUGCGCUUGUGUCUGCCUCCGCUAUAUGAUUGCAAUCGGUAGGCGUCCAGACAGACGGCGUGUUUGUGGAUCCGCUUGGCCAUCGAGAGGGGCAGCAGGGCGGAGGUCAGGGCGAAGUCUUGACAGAAUCGGAGGAACCUUGGCAGAGACAUGAAAGGGAAUGGUGACCUGAAGGCAGAAAUGGCACGAACGCACUCCACGGUCAUUCACUGAUCGAUCCACAUGGGUGCUGAUCGCUCACAUGUCGUCCAUGUCUUGCUCAUUUCCAGCUGCACGCCAUCUGUCGAUGUGUGUGUGCCAGUUCGGCCCGCUGACGAGUGUCCACCCGCUGGCCACGAGGUCUGAUGCUGCGGUGUGGUUGGUGGCGUAUGCUGCAAAUAGCUGCCACCAGAGGGGCAGGUGGAUGUGGAUCAAGUGGCUGACCUCCGGCUCGACCAGACGAUUCGACAAAGCCACUUGCAUCGCGCGAUAGGCCUGGGCGGCAUCAAGAAAGACGUCCAUUUUUGUGUCUCUCUGUGAUGUUCUCACCUCUGAUGUGGCCAGGAGGCUGUCGCGCUGCGCGGAGGGCCUCGGCUGCUCCUUUUUGUCCUUGACAGGUCCGGCCGCCUGUGCGUCGACCACGACUCUCGUCUCCUUCUUGGGCUUCACCACCACAGGCAGGGGCACAGGUGGUGCGGAUUCUACCACCGACACAGGGACGGACGGCGGCGCCGGCUGCAGCCUCCAUCUCAGCGACGUCUCCCAGUCGGACACUUCGCUGAGACCAAUGCUGCCUCUCCUCUGCUGCUGGUACCGAUGACCAUGUCCCAGCCCUCCUGCCGCUGCCGCUGCUGCUGCUUCCGUCGCUCGUCUGGUCUCCCUUUUGCUGGGGGUGGGCUUUUCGACUUUUUCGGCUGUCAUUUGCUUCUUGCUGGUUCUCUGUUUGGUAGCCGCACUCAGAGAAGGGGACGACACAGUGCCUGGGGCGGGUGGGGCUGUGAGACGGUUGGGAGGGCGGUGCAAAGCGGGCAGGUGGCUGAAGGACUGUGCUGUCGUGUCUCGCGUCGUCGCCCGCCAAUGACGGGCGACCGCGACCGAUUUGGUCACUUUUCGGUAUGCGGUGUCCCAGUGGGCACGUGAUCGAGCGGCGACGAUGGCUGCCGUGUCUCUAUUGUCUCUUGUGUCUUUUGUCGCCUGCCGCGGAUGUGUCUGUGUCACGUCGUCCUUUGUCCGCGUCGCACGUGUCGACGGGGCUCUGCUCAGUGUGUUGGACCGAGACCGACCGCUGGACAAUGCCGCUGAUCUGAUGGGCUGACACACACACACACACACACGCACAGACACACGAAGAGAGAGAGAGGGAGAGAUGUCUCCCUCUGCGUGAUGGGCGGUGUGUGUCCCUACAUACCUUUCCAUCAUCGGUUUUCGUCUUGUCUCUCUCUCUGCUGAAAUCAGGUGCAGAAGUCUCCUUUAGAGCCUUGAGUGGCAGCGCCCUGGCCGCCCGCGGCAACGCAUUGCCGAAGAAACUUGCGGCACUUUUUGUGGUCGCGUCAUCAUAGGCGUCGUCGUGGGAGGUAGCGAGCAGCAGCGCCACGAGAGACACAAACCUGUGUGUCGGCAGGGAGGGGAACUGUGAUGUUGCUGUCGUUGCUUGAGAGACCUCAGAUGCCAUCUGACAGGGCGAGGGAGGGCACAUGCUCGUGCAUGCCUGUGUCUCUAUGUGAGUGUCAUGUCUGUGUGGUGUACCUGGUCGAAGCACUUGACGAUCACGCAGAGUGGCAGGUGAGUCAGCUCGGCCAGCUGUGUGUCGAUGGCGAACCUCACAAAGGUCGACCGGAUGAUCGAGGCGUCGCUCCGCCACCCCACCAAGGCGUUGUACAGACUCAACACGCGAUACAGCUCAUACCGAUGAGAGGCCGACAGAACGGGGACGUCUGCGGGUGUCGAAAGAGAUGCCACAAUCGUACGUGUACGUGUGUGUUCGUGUCCAUGUGUGUGUACGUGUUGGAGGCUCCGAGUGGUCGGAGACAUCGCUAAUAGCAUCCGAUGUCGGUUGCUGCUGGUGGUGCAUGGGGGAGAGGAGGGUCUCGGCCUCAACGUAUGGCGGCAGAUGGGAGCGGAAACACGGACCAAUUUCGCGAAACAACACCUGACGACGCACCCAUUCAUCCAUCGAUGCCUUCAACUCAACACACAACUUUGAAGACACACAGUAUCACCUGCAGCUUUCUUUGCAUGACGGGCCGCUCGUACUCCCUCGCCACAUCGCGCCCACGCCCCUCUGACGGCAGACGCGCACUCACAUCCACUCGACGGAUGGCCGCACGCUUCGCCUUCUCCUUUGCAGCAACGGAGGGGAACACGUCGGUGGGGGGAGAGGGAGCGUGUUCGGCGUGCAGCAACAGGGCCUGCAUGACAGAGAAAACACACACAUGCAGGUGAACACACCUAAUGGCAUGAUCCCCCCUUCGCUGACAGCUCACUUGGCCGAACGUGAAUUGGUUGAGGGCCCGGCCUUCUCUGGUGAAAAAUGACCUGAGGGAGGUGUUCUUGACGAGGUGCCCAUCCCGCUGCCCCUCCUCGCGCGCCAGAGAGCUGGCACGCCUCCUCUUUCCGUCGCCGUGAUGGUGAUCUCGUUUCACAUUUCUCUCUUCGAGGUCGAUGAGUGAGGGGAAGAGCUCAUCAUCGAUGAGGGUGUGCGAUUGCGGAUGGGGCAUGUUGACGAGAGAGGGAAAAGAGAAGAGCG